UCAAAUGUCAACGUCAACGUUGAUCAGCCACGAAAUUUCAAAAAUUCGUUGCAUUUUGUGACUGAAAAAGUGAGAAUUUUAUUAUUUAUGUGCCAUUAGUGUGCCACCCACAGUCAAUAAUGUCAGCCUUUAAAAUUUAUAAUGCAACAGAAUUAUGGCAGAGAGAAACUUCUUUACCGUCUAUACCCUCGUUCAGUUUGAGCUUGGAUAAUGCACUAGGCAAUGACGGGCUCCAGUUGGGUUCUAUUACAGAAUUGAUAGGAAUGCCAGGCUCAGGAAAAACACAAUUAUGUUUACAAUUCUGUGCUUCUGUUCAAAUACCAAAGGUCCUUGGAGGACUAAGCUCUGAAGCCUUAUACAUAGACACCAAUACGAAUUUCAGUAUUUACAGGUUUAAAGAAAUCCUCUUUGCAAGCCUCAGCAAAUGCCAGAGGCUACUGCACACAAGCAUAGUGGUGCAGGAAGAAGAUGCUUUGAAGAAAUUACACUUCAUGGAUGCAUUUGGUUUGGAGAAGUUCUGUGCAUGUAUUCACAAUUUACCUAAAUUUGUGCAGCAACAUCCUAAUAUAAAACUCAUAGUAAUAGAUUCCAUUGCAUUCCCAUUCAAAGAGGGCAUAUCCACAAAACAAAGGACCGGGCUACUGUUCCGGCUCAUGGCAGAGUUACAUAAAACUGCAUUAGAAAACCAAAUUGCUGUGGUGUUAACGAACGAGAUGAGCACCCGUGUGGGUCUCUCCUCUGGCGCCAGUGUGGGUGCCCUAGGCGACGCGUGGGCGCACCGCUGCUCGCGUCGCGUGCUGCUCGCGGACCGCGGCGGGGAGCGCGGGGAGCGCGCCGUGCUCAUGCUCAAGUCGAACGACGCGCCUAACGUAGUUGGCACGUUCAAGAUAACCGAGGAAGGGAUAAGGGAGGUAGAAUGAAACCAAAUUGUAGAACAUAGUUUAAUUAUUAAUGUAAAUAUAUUGUAAACGAAACUACAGCAUCAAUAAAUAUCUCAUUUCACAAAAAUAUCAAGCUUUUUCUCAACAGUUAUACAAUGUAAAGGCAGUUUCAGAUCGGAACUUAGCUUAUGCGCACAACAUCAAUUCAUAACAACAUGUAGUCUUAUAUUAUGCGUAUCGUCGCUAUUGUACGAGAGUGAGUAACACGCGUUUGUAGUCUCCCUUCGUAUCACCCUGGAAAACAUUACAUUUCAUUUGUACAAAACGACCUAACAGACCAUGUUACAUUAAGUAUACCUAGGUACGCAUGCAAGAGUAAAUCAGCCUCAUAGUGCAGGCUUAGUAACUAAGGGCGACUAGGACAUCUCGGAAAUCGCCGUUUAUGUCUUCCUGCAAACAAUACCGAAAACGAAGCUGUAAUAAGCGUAAAACUUAAUACGAAACUGGCCCACAAUUUCAGUUGAGAUUUUUCACACACCAUGCGAUAAAUAAA